AGGAACUCCUCUGUGAGUUCCCCACCCUCAAAAUUCACUCCCAACUCACACCACACCUCCUCUCCCUCUCUCUCCUUUUCUCUCUCUCUUCCUACAGAGAGUGGAACGUAGAAAGAGAGCAGCGUCGGAGCAAAUCCGCAGGGAAUUUCCUCUCCAAUUCACCUAAUUAUACUCAUUAUAUAUAUAUAUACAUACAUAUAUAUUGUACGCACGCAUCUGCAGUUGUUCGUAAUCUUCGGAUUCUCCGCCGGCGGAAUUUAGGUGCAAUGAAGCUAAAGCAUCCGUCGAAAUCCGCCUCGCAGACCUUGCCGGCCUCCGACGCGCGUCUCCUCGUUCGAGAAACGCUCAGAAUCAGUGCUAAUUUGGCAUCGGCGCCUCCGUCCUCGCAUGUGCCGGCGCAGGGGGACGUGACCUCGCUCAACAGUGCUAGCUUCGGCGGAGUUCUCGAGGAUCAGUUUCUGGAUUCGAGUUUGAGGUUGAUCUGCUGCGAGGAGAUCGAUGGCAGGCGCUGGCAGUACUUCGCGGAUAAGAGUAACAGCGGCAGGAAUAGCAGAGGUCCUCAAUUGAAGAAGAAAUCGAUUCGUGCUGUCGGCUUGCAGACUCCCCAGGCACCUGUUGAUGAAAUGGUGGCAUUUGUAAGGUCCUAUGUUGUCCCAGAAGGUUUUCCUGACAGCGUUAUGCCUUCUUAUGUCCCAUAUAUGACAUGGAGAGCUUUAAAGCACUUCUUUGGUGGAGCAAUGGGUGUUUUCACAACACAAACACUCCUUAGUUCCUUAGGGGUAUCCCGAAACAGAUCUGCACCUGGUGCUGUUGCAAUUAAUUGGAUUCUCAAGGAUGGUGCCGGGCGUGUUGGAAAGAUGCUGUUUGCUAGGCAGGGAAAGAAAUUUGAUUAUGAUCUAAAGCAGCUUAGGUUUGCUGGAGAUCUCCUGAUGGAGUUAGGAGCUGGGGUAGAGUUAGCAACUGCUGCUGUUCCACAUUUAUUUCUUCCACUUGCCUGUGCAGCGAACAUUGCCAAAAAUGUUGCUGCUGUGACAUCAACGUCAACUAGGACUCCAAUCUAUAAAGCUUUUGCUAAAGGAGAAAAUAUUGGAGAUGUAACAGCCAAGGGUGAAUGUGUUGGAAAUCUUGCUGAUCUGCUUGGAACUGGACUCAGCAUAAUGUUUUCGAAGAGAAAUCCAUCAUUGUUUACUACAUUUGCGCUGCUCUCAUGUGGAUAUGUGAUGAGCUCAUAUCAGGAGGUGAAAUCUGUUGUUCUGCACACACUGAACCGGGCACGAUUCACUGUGGCUGUAGAAUCCUUCCUGAAGACAGGAAGAGUUCCUAGUUUGCAGGAGGGGAAUUCAAUGGAAGAUAUUUUUAUCCCUCCAUGGAAACAGCACCGACCAAUCGUUCUUGGACCUAGGUUUAAGGAUGCAUUCCAAGAUCCCGAUUCAUAUCUUGCUGUGGAGCCCAUUUUUGAGAAAGAACAAUACAUUGUAUCAUAUAAUCCUUCCAAGGGCAAUAUCUAUGCCUUGUUUAAGGAUCAGGCAAAGCCUGAUGACAUACUGAAAGCAGCUUUUCAUGCCCAUGUGCUGCUUCACAUCCUUCAAACCUCGAGUCAUAAUCAGCCUAACUCUACAAAACAUGACGGCGAUCUUUCUGCUGCUGCACCUACACUGGGUGACCUUCAAUCUCAUAUUGGAGAAUCAUAUAAGAUGGUCUCAGCUUUAUAUGGGCCUUUCAAAAUCAAAGCAAAGGACCAGGGGUGGGUUAUGUCGGAUUCGCUGCUUAAUCCUGGCCGGCCUCGACUAUGCAGUUUGGUCAGAUGAUGUUGGUGUAGGCUUUUGAACUUAUACAAAUAAUAAUGCAAUGGGAUGGAUGGACGAUCUGGUUUCUUGUCUCCCCGGGAACCAGAGACAGCAACAAGGUAACACCAAUAACAAAACUCACAACUGAUGUUUGAAGAGAGGCAUAGAGGUCAUUCAAGACACCGUGAUAAGAACUGCAAUGAAGGUAUACUUGGCUCGACAUAUAUAUAUAUAUAUAUCGUAUUUGUGUUCAGAGUAUAUUCUGGUUGUGAUGCUAUUCGAGUUGUGUAAUUAGUUCACAUUUUUCUUCUAUGUACUCUGCUUUUCUCUCCCUGUUUCUGCCCAUGAAAAGCAUUUGGGAAGAGGCUAGAAAUUUAUGCGCUAUGCUUUUGCUUUUAUUA